UCCUCCGGCGGGUUCUCGAACUACCACCCCACGCCUUCGUACCAGACCCCCGCCGUCUCAUCAUACCUCACCGCGCUUGGGCACACAAAUGCUGGCUGGUUCAACGCAUCCAGGCGCACGUUCCCCGAAGUUUCCGCGCACGCGGCCGACUUCCGGAUCGGGUUCGACGAAGUGGAGAGCGUAACUGGGACGAGUACCGCGAGCCCGACGGUUGGUUGCAUCGUCGCACUCAUAAACGAAUGGCUCGUGCAGGCAGGCAAGCCCCCACUCGGGUUCUUGAACCCGUGA